AUGGAUGCCAAGGAGAAGGCCAAGUUCCAGCAGGAAGCAGCUAGCAAGUCUGCCGAUGCUCAGCGGGCCCGUGGCGCAGUGCUGUCCCGUGCACCUCCGGAGCCAAAGCCAACUGCAGGGGAGGUUCAGUUGGGGACUCGAGUGGAGGUGUGCUGGCAAUGCACAACGCUGGAGGCCACGCGUCUCAUUGGAGAAGGGGCGUAUGGCAGCGUGUACGAGUGCCAAAGCGCGGCAGGUGCGAGGUACGCCGUCAAGCUCUAUGGGAGGAGCGCCGGAGAGAACCUUGACAACGAGGCUGCCGCGUACAAAAGGCUGAGUGCUCAUCCGAACAUUCUUGCUUUGUGGGGAGCUGUGACAGCGACUACAGAUGACAGACUGGGUCUCAUCUUCGAGCUGGGGCAUCCUUUGUCAGAGUACCUUCGGGAUCGCCGCCUUCCUUUGCAGCUUGAUCGAGAGCCAAAGUCGCUGGCCAAGCAACUUCGCGUUCGCUGGCAAGUUGCGGUGCAGUUGUCACAGGGCUUGGACUUCAUGCACAAGCUCGAAGUCAUCCACUGCGAUGUCAAGGUUUCUAAUGCGAUCGUGCAGAUGGACACAAACGUCGUCAAGUGGUGUGACCUUGGCCUUGCUUCCCGAAGCGGCACGUUUGUGGUGGCCAAUGAGAAAUAUACAGCUGUUUGCCGUCCUCCAGAGCUGGGUCAGAUCGGUGAUAAGAGCAUUCGUAUUGCUCCGUCUGCAGAUGUGUGGGCUUAUGGAUGCACGGUGUUCUCUGUGCUGAGCGCCUCCCCUGCCGCAUACUUGUUCCCAGAUCGGUCAGUCUUGUACUGCAAGAAGUUUGUCACGACACGCUUGAGCACAGCUGUGGGACACGAUGUGGAAGGUCAAAGAGUCAUAUCUCAGAUGCUCAAGCAGUCACCGCUUGAGCGAAUUUCGCUGGCAAGCUUCAUGUCCAAAGGAUUGGAGCGCAUCCGUGUCUGGUCAUGA